AUGUUCGGCGCAUUCAGGCCAUCACAAACAGCCCUCAGAGGCUUGCUAUGGCUGCGGCUGAAGGCGGUGGACAAUGUCAUUGCGAAAGUGCAGGCGUCGGGCGUGCAGACGCUCUCCUUGGUCCGUUACCCUCCGUCUCUUCUCGCCCCGGAGAUGCCGGCGCGGGACAAGUACACCGUCUUCUCGCGGUACGGCAGGAACUACCGGAUGGGCAUCCACAAGGUCCCGCAUUGGACCAAGGUCACCUCUCGCGUCAACCCCAAGGGAUUCUAG